UUCAAAUAAAAAAUGAAGAACUCGAUCUGUCACUUACACAUGGAAAUCUGAUAUACAUUUUUCCAAAUUGCUUUUUUAUAUAUUGUUAGUUAGAGCGCUUAGACGAAAUUUCCGUUGCAUUUGAGAAGGGCAUCUAGUCAUGCAUCGCUGGUUUUUCGCCAACGAGCGGGAGGAGUGUGAGCCGAAGGUCCAGGACGAUGAACCGAGGACGGAUCAGGAUGCGGGCGAAGCGACCACUCCACAAGCAGUGCCCACCACCGAGUGGCCCUUCUGCGUGAAGUUCCAUCGGAGUCUGGGGGCCAACGAGUACGUGGCCAUCAGUGGCAACUGCGACUCACUGGGCAGCUGGGAUCCCAAGAAGGUGUUCAUCCUGGCGAAGGAAGUGUGUCCCGACUGCAUGUGCAAGUGCUACCAGCUCGAGGCGACCCUGGAGAUACCCCGCAACAUCGACAUCCACUAUCGCUACUGCGUGGUGGUGUACGAUCCCAAGGCGAACGAGGUGUACGUCCGCUUCUGGGAGUCGCAGCUCAAGCCGAGGGUCAUUCGCACCUGCCAGAACAUGCUGAAGCGGUGCGACACCUUCGGAAAGCCGCACGACGACGACGAGGACAACCAGGUGGACCGUGGAUGGGCCACCACGGAGACCAUUGUGCACCUGAAGCUCUUCAAUGCUCCCUUCCUGUGGCAGCGGCAGAAGCAACGCCUGCUCCACGUCCAUGUGCAGCCAAUGUUCGAGGUUCCGGAAGAUACUUGCUCCGCGGCAAAUCGUCCCAUUAAGGUGGGUUCAUCGGACACGCGCCUGUCGCGGCACUUGGAGGCCCCCCAGGGCGACAACCUGGAUCUCGGCCUGGCCCUCAUCGAGGUGGUGAAUCUGCGCAACCCCAAGGCGCUGGCCUUUCAGUGCGAGUUUGGAGUGCCCUGCGGACCGGAGGACCUGCAGUUGUUCCACUGUUCCAUUGCCUAUCCGGCGGAAACGCUCUACCGCCUGGAUCUCUUCACCUAUGCUCAUAAAGCGGCCUCCGACGAGCCACCCUAUCACUACGGCUAUGGCUUUCUGAUGCCGAGUCAACUGCUGGGCACCGAGGGCUCGGCCCGGGUGAAGGUCACCUGCGCCUCCACCCACCGCCCCCUGAUGGAGAUGUGCGUGCGGUACCUCAUCAUCCGACCGCUGGAGAGUUUCCCCUGCGAUCUGAGUCGCAGCUACGAGCGCUACUGGCGCAAGAGUCGCCAGUGCAUGAACAUCGGGCACAAGGGAUCGGGCAACACCUACCGGAUUGGCUGCGACUUGGUGAGGGAGAACACCGUGUAUGGCUUCAAGCAGGCUGCCCUGGCCAACGCGGACAUGGUGGAGUUGGAUGUCCAGCUGACGCAGGAUGCCCAGGUGGUGGUGUACCACGACCUUGUGCUGCGGUUCCUGCUGCAGCGGCUGCCCUGCUACGAGGAUCUGCUGGAGAACCAGGACCUGCUGGUCUUCGCCUACGAGAAACUGAACAAGUUGAUGCUGCUCUCCAUGGGAGGGUGCAAGAGAAACAACCUAGUGGCCAUUCCACUGGAGGCAUUCACCUACGAGCAGCUAAAGGAGGUGAGGGUCCUGCGGUUCGCGGGCAGUAAGGGCUGCGACAUGUCCUGCGAUCGCAUGCUGGCGGAGCAGCGGCCAUUCCCCCUGCUCCUGGAGCUGCUGGCCGAGGACCUGCUGCCCCUGGGAAUGGGCUUCUUCAUCGAGAUCAAGUGGCCCCAGAUGACCAGCGAUCGGCGUUGGGAGAGCGGCAGCUUCAAGCCCACCUUUGACAGAAACUUCUAUGUGGACACUAUCCUGGAGUUGGUGCUCAAGCAUGCGGGACAGCGGCGCAUUGUGUUCUGCAGCUUUGAUGCCGACAUCUGUGCGAUGGUUCGCUACAAGCAGAACCUCUAUCCUGUGACCCUGCUCCUCGAGGAUCCGAGUGCCCAGGUGCAGUACGCUGACCAGAGGGUAAAUGUCCUGGAGACCGCCGUGGCCAUGGGUCACUCCCUCGAGUUCUUGGGUCUGACCCUGCACGCCAACUCGCUACUGAACAAGUUCGCCACGAUGGCAUUCCUUCAUCUGCUGAACCUGGAGGCCUUUGCCUACGGCAGUCCCACCACCAGCCUGGAGAUUCGUAAUCGACUCAGGCGACACGGAGUGCUGGGCAUCAUCUACGAUCGACUGGACCAGCUGGACCAAGUGGGCGAGGAGCUGGAGGCGGACACCAUCUGCACCAUCGAUUCGGUGACCACGAGGCGCGUGAUUCGGGAAACAGAGCUGGAGGAGUGGCGCCUGAAGUGCGGCUACAAGUCAGAGACCUUAAAUGUGGUGAAAAACAUUUAUAUCGACUGAUUUUACCCCACUGACAAAUAAAGUAUACGAAGUUAUGGGUCCUGCGAUAACCGCACCAAA